CAAAAAACACACUCAGUCAGAGAGAAGCAGAGAAAGCGAAACAGUGAGAGCGAGAGAAGUUCAGUGCUUCAAUGGCGUCAGGAGGAGGAGGGAGUGUAGAGUGGCACUUGAGACCACCAAACCCUAAAAACCCAAUCGUCUUCUUCGAUGUUACAAUCGGUACCAUCCCUGCUGGUCGUAUCAAAAUGGAGCUCUUCGCUGAUAUUGCCCCUAAAACCACCGAAAAUUUCAGGCAGUUUUGCACAGGCGAGUACAGAAAAGCUGGAUUACCUGUUGGUUACAAAGUAUGUCAAUUUCAUAGAGUGAUUAAGGAUUUUAUGAUUCAAGCUGGUGAUUUUCUCAAGGGUGAUGGUAGUGGUUGUGUUUCUAUUUAUGGGCUUAAGUUUGAGGAUGAAAAUUUUGUUGCCAAACAUACCGGCCCUGGUCUACUUUCAAUGGCAAAUAGUGGGCCAAAUACCAAUGGUUGUCAGUUUUUCAUCACUUGUGCAAAAUGCGACUGGCUUGACAAUAAGCAUGUUGUAUUUGGGAGGGUGCUUGGAGAUGGUCUUUUGGUUAUUCGAAAGAUAGAGAAUGUGGCAACAGGACCCAACAACCGACCAAAACUGCCAUGUGUUAUUGCAGAAUGCGGGGAAAUGUAGAGGUUGAGUUCAAGAGGAACAUUUCUUUAGGACAAUAUCAUCAUCUUAAUUGACUACUGACCUUUGACCUACCUAAUGGAUGGGUUUUUGUAUUCCUUCUCAAAAUGGUGGCGGGGAGGGAAGAACUGACUCUCUGAAUGCAUUAACUACAAGUAAAAUAAAUAAAUAAAAAAAGAGUAGUUUUCAUGUUUUUUGCCUCAGUUUCUGAAGUGAGUGCUAGAAUGGAUAAUUUUUGGGAUAGAUGUGGAAUGCUUUAGAUUUUUGUAUUUUAGGGUAUGGUUUUGAUUGUAGUUUCUGAAAAAAACUUGUGAUUGGAUAAAUCUCGAGCACAGAUCAUUUUUAUUUGGAAAA